CGCAGCCUGCAACUCCUUCCAGUUCGACAACGACGACACUGUGCCUGUGAGGCUUUCAUCCUCUUACGACACCACGCGACAUUCCCGUCUUCUACACGCAAUAUCUUUCUCGACUGCUUUCAAACCUCCAGAUGGCAUCAACCGUUGCCGUCGGCGUGGGCAUCGCCGCCGCAGCUUUCUUUGGCCGCGCCGGUCUGGUCGCUUUCCGCCGCUGGCGCAAUCCAAACGCUGUGAAUGCUCUCGGCAAAGCAUUCUACAAAGGCGGCUUCGAACCGAAAAUGACGAAAAAGGAAGCAUCCUUGAUCCUCGACCUGAGCGAUCGAACGUUAUCGAAGGAGAAGAUUCGGAAAAACCACAGAGCAUUGAUGCUGGCGAAUCAUCCCGAUCGAGGCGGGAGUCCGUAUCUUGCAAGUAAAGUUAAUGAAGCGAAAGAGUUUCUAGAAAGAGGAGGAUGAGAGCGAUACUAGAAUAACUCAAUACGCGGAGGCGAAGACUUUACCUCAGCCGCGUCGAUCAAACGUGUCGACAAACUGCACCUGAAGAUUCGCAAGGCAGAACUCGAGUUGGAGCAGGGUGCAUUGAGCGGGCGGCCGAGCUCGAUUUGCAAUUUUUGGGGCAUAGCGCUGGAGUUACGGGCUGAUCUUCAAGAGUGGAAGCAUGAUCUCUGUCAUUUUGUUUAUAUGCGGACAUCGAAGAGACUGAGGGGGUCCACUGAUUGUCUAAACAUCUCCUCUCGAAGACGAUGAAGAAUCUGGCUACCUUGUCGAGGAUAGCCGUAGUGGGCGGAGAGACUGUCGCAGCAAGGAUCUGAGGUAUAUUGUUCAGGAGAUUCUUGAUGCUCGACGACCGGAGGUACAGAAUCCUCAAGCAGAGGCCUUGGUGAUUCGAUGACCGUACCCAACCCAUGUCUAUAUAAUGUACAACACAACCAAUGCACGCUUCCGUGUGUCUAUCUAAAGUAGGUAAUCAUCAAACUCCAUUUCCACGA